UUGCAGAAAUAGUUUCCAGUCUUCCUGGGGGCAGAGGGAAUACUGCUUCAACAAUGUAGCUAUAGUGUGGUAUAGCUAUGCCCUAUGGAACUUUGUAUGGUGUACGAAACUGGAACCCUCUCUUUGCAAAGUGCGCAGUAGAGAAAAACAAAUUGUACUUAAUCUUCCUUUCUACCACCUAGUCACUUGUGGGUUUUGUCUUCUUUGGGCUGUUCAGCUGUUCAUAAACCAGCACAUUGUGGAGGCCAACCAGAGGAUGGUGGAUUUCAUCUUCCACUGUCUCAGCCAUGACAACGCUCAGGUACGGAAGCUAAGCCUCCAGGGGAUCGCUCUUCUGCUGAAUUCAGAAGUGGACCCUUGGACUAUACCUCUGUCUCUCUUAAGCUCACUGGGAAUGGCAUGCAAGCCAGACGUUAUACCCGAGCUAAUGAUGCUGGUGGAAAUUGCCCUCCACAGUGUCAGUGGAGAGAGAGGAGAGGCCUAUAUUAGGAAGCUGGCAUCCAUCUACUGUGGCUACAUUGCCCACGAGAAAGCCGCGGUCCGAGCAGCAGCCAUCCAACAUCUUGGGAUGCUUCGGACCAGGUUUGGGGAGCAAUGGCCUCCAUGUACACCUGAGGAAGGCCUGGAUGAGCUUGUGAAUGUUUUGAUUCACCUGGAGGAUGAGGAUCAGGUGUCUGAGGCAACAAAGGCCACUCUGAAACAGCUGGUCCCAGAGGUGAGGUGGCGGGUAGACCCCAAAACCUAUAGCCUCCAUCGUGUGCUCCAUCAGGCGGCCAAAUAUGUGACAAAAAAGUACAAGAAGGAUCUGGUGCGUGGUGCUGCCUUCAGCUGCAUGCUUCCUUCCUCCAACAAUCUGCCAGCAGUCUCAAGGGUGGCAGCACUCUUUGUCGGACACCUUGCUCACAAGGAUGCAACCUUCAUCACGUUGGAGGAUAUGGGCUCUUACUGUACAUGGCUUGAAGGGAUGGCCGAGCAUAAUGAUGAAGAGGUGCGGCGUGCAGGAGAAAGCACCAUCUGUGUCAUGCAAAAAGCCAUUAAUGACCAUGCUAAAGGGAGAGUACACACACUAAAGAAAAGGUUUAUCCGGCAUGUGAAAAAAGAAAGAUGCCCCAAAGACUUCAAACACUCAGUGCCUGCUCGAAAAUCAUCAAAGUCAUCAUCCAAAGCUGUAAAAUCCAAAGCUGUAAGAGUGAUUUCGGAGGAGGAUGGCAGUGGGGUAGACAAUGCAGUGACAACAUAUGACUGCAAUGCAGCUGCCUUCUACUGCUGUUACAACGUCAGCUUCUACUAUGACUACAACAAGGCUGCCUUCAACUAUGACCACAACAAGAGAGCCUUCUACAACUGCAAAUCAACCUGA